AUGGGGGAAGGCGGGGUGGGUGUGCCACACAUAACCAAAUACUACCUAGCAACAAACAUAUCUCAGACGGCACGCCUCCUCUCCACCUCGAAUUGCCCACUGUGGCACCAACUGGAAAGUGCUGUCUGUGCGCCUUACUCCCUUAGGGACCUGGUUUGGAUCCCAGCCAAGGCCCAACCUCGACUCACGAACCCUCUCACAACAACCAAGCUGUCCCUGCAGCUAUGGCUGAGAUGGGCCCCAAAAAUGCUUAGUGCAAAGAUAGAGACCCUUGCCCCACUGACAAGUCUCCAGCACCAUACACAUGACCUGGAUCUGGGCGAGUGGGUGGACAGGGGGCUGACGCAGAUAACACACCUCUAUGGAGCUAAUGGGCUGCUAGCGUUCCCAGACCUCCAGAGCCAAUACCACCUACCAAACAGCAAAAUUUUCACAUAUUUACGCAUAAAACAUAUCUUAGGGGCCACCGGCAAGGAAAGGACACCAACACAACCCCAAAACCACUUUGACUUGCUAUGCCAAGGUCUAAAACCCCCCAAAAAAACACUCUCGCCGUGUUACCAUAGGUUGCUAGACAUAGACAGACCGGCCAAACAAUCAUACAUGCUCAAAUGGGAAAGAGAAUUGAACUGCGAACUCGAGCAUGGGAAGUGGAUAGGGGCCAUGACACUAGUUAAACGGGCGACAAAGUGCUUGGACCAUGUAGAAGCAGCCUACAAGAUGUGGAUGCAGUGGUACUACACACCACACAGGUUGGCCCAAAUAUACCCAGGGGUGCAGGAUAGAUGUUGGCGCUGCAGCCAACAAGUGGGAAACACGAGCCACAUAUUCUGGUACUACCCGGCACUCAGCCAAUACUGGCAACAAAUCCAAGACAUAAUUAAAUCCAAACUAGGAAAACAAUUACCACUCAAACCUGAACACUAUCUGCUCCACAUGCUACCCCGAGACCUUACAGCCUAUGAAGCAGUGCUGACUACCCACAUCACCUUAGCAGCUAAAACGUGCAUAGCCGCCUUGUGGAAAACAACGACAGUACCUGACAUAAAAACAGUACUCGCCAAAAUAAGCCUCACCCGACAGUACGAGCAGAUGGCACAUACAAUAGGUGGCACAUUAGAACACUACAACAGGACAUGGUCCAAGUGGUGA